AUGAUGCGCCUAUUUAAUCGUUUCUACGCCUUGUACGCCGUCGCCGCGUGCACCAUCCUCUUCUUCACCUGGGGCCUUUCAUCUCGCGCAUACGGAGAUAUUACACCCAUCCAGUCUGGGGACUUUCAGAUGGCCAAGAAGUUUGAUCAACGAUUGGUGGUUUUUGGGGAUUCGUGGAGCGACAAUAAGACUCAGGGACGACAGGGAAAGGCAUGGACUGAUUGGCUCUGUUCGAUGAUUAACUGCCACCAAGAGAAUCUCGCCCAGACGGCCACGUCCGUGCUCAAUGGGAAGUACGCGGGUGCCGUGGUGGACAACCAAGAAUUAGAGUUGGUCGACCGACUGUCUAAGACAAAUUUGGCCGACUUCAAGACCCAACUCCAACAGUGGCUGGACGCCGAGCUUCCCACAUUGGAGGGACUCUCGGAAGAAGAAAUCAAGUUCCGUCAGGAACACACCAUUUUCGUUGUCUCGUUUGGUAUCUGGGAUAUUUGGGAUCUGGUGACCAAGAACGACUACAAUGGUGCGGCCAGGUCCCUCGAGCGCCGCAUCAAGACGCUCAUGGAACAGCUGACUCAGCUCAGUGAGCGCUGGGGCUCGACCGAGCUCAAGGUCAUCUUGACGCAGGCCGUUGACGUGACCUUCCUGCCGGGCUUCAAGGCGGCGGGUGACGAGAACAAGAAUGCCGUCAGUCUCCUAGAACAAUGGAAUAAGAGUCUGCGCCUGGCAGCCCAGGCCUGGCAGAGCGGGCGUAUAUUCCUUUUCGACACCAAUGCCUUCGUGCUGGAUCGCAUCCGCGAUUGGCAGCUCUACGGAGUGGGCAUCGAGCAAGAGAACGGACUGGGUAAGAACCUUGAUCCCGGAUGGGAGAACACCAGCGACCCUUGCGUCGAGAGCGGAAGCGGUCUCAAGGCCAAGGUCAUGAUGUCAAAGGAUAAGACGUGCGAGCAUCCCGAGAAAUAUCUGUUCUGGGACGAGAUGCACCUGGGCUCAUCCGCCCACCGGCUCUUGGCGACGGAGAUCUACCAUGGCAUCGACGGGGAGCUGGUGAAUCGUAAGGAACCCGAAGCCGCCACACCGGCUGAAUCAGGUGAAACCGCGGCCAUUCGCCACACCCGGGACUUUGCAGCUUAG